AUGGCUAAGCCGACUUUUACCAUCAAGGCUCUCCAGCUCGAAGACGUGCCCGAGGCAGCUCAGCUCAGCAGCGAUGCCUUCCUGGCGGAUCGCCAGACCCAGAUGAAGGCUCUCGGCCGGAACCCGUUCAACAUGAAAGAGUACCACACGAAGAGCCUUCCGAAAAUGCUCACGUCGCCCCGAUGCGUGAUACUCAAGGCCGUCGACGACGAAACGGGGGAGUUUGCUGGCUUCUGCAACUGGGGGCUGAUUGGAUUUUCGCCCAGCGAGAUGCCAUUGCUGGAGGGCAGGAUCCAACCUCCUGAAAAGCCGGCCGCUGCCCCGGCGGCAUCGCAGUCAGAGGGCGAAAAGGAGAAGGAGAAGGAGAAGGGAAAGGAUGGGGAGGCACCUUCGCCUGAGCAGAGUGCUUCGGGACCCGACAUCGGAGACGAUCCCAUUGAGCGGCUUCAAGCUCUUACAGGCGCUGACCUGGAUGCGUGGCAGAGAGAGGUGAUGCCCCCGGGCACCAAAUGCCUCGUGGUCAUUGGGCUCUCUGUGUCACCAAAGUUCCAGCGACGAGGCAUCGGAUCCGCGCUGCUGCGCUGGGGAACCAAGAUUUGCGACGAGGCAGGCGUCUUCGCAUGGGUUCACUCGUCGGAGCCGGCGUGGAGGAUCUACGAAAAGGCAGGGUUCGAGGUGAUACGGUGCCUCGACGUGGACCUGGACGAGUACGCUCCGUGUCCUCCUCCCGACGAGGGCCCGGGUGCCAAAUGGGGGCAUUACGUCUUUCGAUAUAUGAAAUACUUUCCUGCCAAAGGUUAG